UGCUUGUUCGUAGUUUUUUAUGACUUUGUUACAAUUAAAUCUAUAAAUUUUAAUUGUCUUUACAUAUAUAAUUUGCUAUUAUUAAAUACUUAUAAUGUUAAUUUACAGUGCUUAGAUUACUACAUCUAAUAAAAGGUACUGUUUAACACAGUACCUGCUACGUAUUCAAUCAAGUUUUUGGUGCUACUUAAAAAUAAUUGCUUGCUGAUACGAAGGUAGCUAAGCCACGAUGGCGGAAGCACAUUCGGCAGUCGCGUUCUCCUUCGCGAUUACGCAUGACGGUUGGGAUGUGAACUUCGAUCGGGAAGUUCUUUAUCUUGUCUGGGAGUCUGGUCUCCGUUCCUGGAAGAAACGUUUGGCGAGAUUUAGGAAUAGCAUUCAUAAUGGCGUAUAUCCUGGUCACUUGCAAUCUCUUUAUGUCCUUUGGACGUUAUUGGUGGCUGCCCAUUUUGGCAGCUUUAACAUACCCUUCGGUUUAGUCCAAAAAGCAUUAAGUGUCCUACCUGGGCAUUCAACAUUGUGGCAAGUGAUUGCUUGCUUUCUAGCAGCUCUCACCAUGUGGCUUUCCGUAAUAUUCCUCAUGCGAUAUAUGCUAAAACUCCUACUAAUGUACAAGGGUUGGAUGUAUGAAUCGCGUGCGCCCGGAUCGAAAAUAUCGUUGAGAACUAAAAUAUGGGUGAGUGUCGUGAAGGUGUUGUGCGGCUGGAAUAAGCCCAAGCUGUAUAGUUUCCAAGGUUCACUCCCCAGACUACCACUGCCAGCCGUCAAAGAUACUAUGCGUAGGUACCUGAUAAGCGUUCGGCCUCUGCUAGAUGACGAAAACUAUAAAAGAGUUGAAAGAUUGGCUAAAGAGUUUGAAGAAGGAAUUGCUGUCAAAUUGCAAAGAUAUCUUGUUCUCAAAUCAUGGUGGUCAAGCAACUACGUUUCUGAUUGGUGGGAAGAGUAUGUGUACUUGCGAGGCCGGUCCCCUCUGAUGGUGAACUCUAACUUCUACGGCACUGACGCGAUCCUCAUGAAGCCCACGAGCAGUCAGGCCGCACGAGCUGGUGCCGUCAUCCAUCUCUGUCUUAAGUUCCGCAGACUUAUCGACAGGCAGGAACUUGAACCAAUAAUGCUACAAAAUAUUGUACCUCUAUGCUCGUGGCAGUACGAGAGGCUGUUCAACACUGUUCGAGUCCCAGGUGUAGAGACGGACAAGAUCGUGCAUUACCAGGACUCCAGCCACAUCACUGUUUUGCACAAAGGCCGCUACUUCAAGGUGAUGGUGUAUUCCAGGGGCAGAUUACUUAAGCCUGCUGAAAUUCAAAUGCAAAUAGAACAAAUCUUGGAAGACAACUCUGAGCCGUUAGUGGGCGAGGAGAGGCUAGCGGCACUGACAGCGGGCGAACGCUCUCACUGGGCGCACAUCCGCCAAACGCACUUUAACCGCGGGCACAACCGCACCUCGCUGCAUUGCAUCGAGCGAGCCGCUUUCAAUGUUUGCCUAGAUGACAGGGAGUACGGGUACGAUGAGAAUGAUUCUUCAAAACUGGACGAAUAUGGCAGAGUACUGCUUCACGGCAAAGGCUACGAUCGUUGGUUUGACAAGUCCUUCAACCUCUGCUUUAGCACCAAUGGUUUUGUUGGUUUCAACGCUGAACACACGUGGGCUGACGCACCCGUCAUGGGACACUUAUGGGAGUACGUCGUCUGGUCUGAAUCAGAAAUGGAAUACGCUCAGGACGGCAACAACGUUGGACCGGUAGAGACCCCUCCCCCCGCACCGAUCCGCAUGCAGUGGGACCUCAAGAACGAAGAAUUGCUCAACGCCAUCGACGUCUCCUACAACGUCGCACAAAAACUGCUCAAUGACGUCGACCUUAGGAUACUCAUGUACACUAAAUAUGGAAAAGGUUUCAUGAAGCAGUGCCGCUUGUCUCCGGACGCGUUCAUCCAGCUGGUGCUGCAGCUAUCGUACUAUCGCGACGCGGGCCGCUUCUGCUUAACUUACGAGGCGUCCAUGACGCGCCUUUUCCGCGAGGGUCGCACAGAGACCGUGCGUCCCUGCACCAUAGAGAGCUCCGCGUGGGUCAAGUCGAUGGUCGACCCUAACGCUACGAUCGAGCAGCGCGUAGAUUUAUUCGUGAAGGCGGCGCAGCGCCACCAGCUGGGCUAUCAAGACGCGAUGGCCGGCCGCGGUAUCGACCGCCACCUCUUUUGCCUCUACGUUGUCUCCAAGUACCUCGAGCUCGAAUCGCCAUUCCUACAAGAGGUGUUUAACGAACCGUGGCGACUGUCUACUAGCCAGACGCCUUAUGGUCAAACAAAUAUGCUGGAUCUGAAGAAAAAGCCGAACUGCGUAAGUGCGGGCGGCGGGUUCGGCCCCGUGGCCGAUGACGGCUACGGCGUUUCCUACAUCAUCGUCGGCGAGGACAAGAUCUUUUUCCAUGUUUCCAGUAAGAAGAGCUGCCCUAUCACGAGCUCUUCAAACUUCGUUAAACAAAUUGAGUGUUCCCUGAAGGAUAUGCAAGAUAUGUAUUUAACCUUUAAUAAACUCAAAGAUAAUAAACAAAACUGCAAAUAAUUGUAAAUCUUACACAUUAUUGUUUUAGAUCAUGUUUGUUGUUGUUAUUAUAAUUAUGUAGUUUAUAAUAUAAACAAACAUAUUAUGUAUGUAUAGUUUAGUUGUGACAUAGUAUAAAUAAAUAAUAAAAAACUGCAACUCAUAACUUAUAAACAACUCGAAAUAAAAUGCCUGCCUUAAUUCUGGACCGCCACCACCAUAAAUAAAUCGAAAACCUUUAUUAAUACAAAUCUUUGUAAUUAUUAUGGAGAUAUUAGAUAAGUUUAGGGAUAUUUGGGUUAAUCGUAUUAAAAUUCCACAUGUACACGUGAUUAUGUUUUAAUCAUCCAGAAAGACAUAUACGCAUCACUCAUUUGGUGCUACAUUGACUCAGUUGUACCUCUUGUAAUGUUACAGGAAAUGGAUUUAAAUUGAUUUUUUAAUUUUAUAUCAAAUUUAUAACGAAUCAAUAAAACUUUGUGUAUUUUUACAAUAUGUGUAUGAAAAUUUGAAAUAACAGCCGAUUUUUCUUCAAACGUAAAUUUGUUGUUACAGAUGUGUUAACAUACUUAAUAGAAUUUUGUCAAAAUUACAAUUACGUCUUACGUAGCACCAAAUGAGCGAAAUGUAAAAAUUGGACGAUAACGUUAUGGUGGGGCCUUACUUUGUUUUGAGUUGUAAACUUUGCUAACAAAGAAUUAAGACAUUCAUUUUGGUAUAUGAAAUAUGUUAAACUUCUUAUUUAAGAAGAGUAUUGGCGAGCCCGUUAAGCAUUUCUUAUAAUAUAAGAUAAUUAUUAUUUUUCACUUGUCUUUGUAAAAUUAGCAUAAGAUUGACCCUUUUACAUUAAUUUCUACAUCGUAUCUACUCUAUGUCAAUGAAUUUAAUACAAAGUGGUAUCAAACUUCGGGUGUAUCAUUACACCACGCUGCGCGCUCGCAUACUGUCUUUUUAAUAGAGGCUAUCAGCGCGAAAGCGGUGAAACCCCAUGAAAUGCACAUGUAAAUGGUAAUGAGGGAUUUAAAAUCAGCCAAAUUCAUUUUAUAUAAUUAUAGUAAUCAUAUAUGCCCAAUAUGCAAUUAUUAAUUUUUAACUGAAAAAAUAUUUAUUUUUAUUUGUUUAUUUAUACAUUUAUUUCCGGCCACAUGACCAUAUAAUAU